AGCAUUUUGAUUUUCCGUUUCCUUUUUCUGUUCACGUCCUCUUCCCCGCACGCAGGCAAUAGCACUGUUGACUGUUCCACCAAUCUCAGUUGCCUUGGCGGACUUUCCAAAGCCGCCCCCCCCCCCUCUCUCUCUCUCUCUCUCUCUCGCUCGCUCGCUCGCAUUCAGAGAUCCCAAGCUUUGGCCCCGAAAAAUGCAGAGCACGGCGUUCAUUCUCUCGCCCUCACUCCCUCUCCCCACGAAGACUCGCAGGCCUUCGAACUCGACCUUCUACCCUAGGUCAUUCGACCCCGUGCGCGCCUCUUCCUUUUCGGAUCCCCGCGAUCUCUCCCUCUCCCCCAAUGUUUCCUUCUCCUCUCCUCACAUGCCUCGCCGAUCCUGGUCUCUGUCCUCGUCGUCCCCGUUCAAGCUCAGGCCUUGGACCUCCGCCCCAGCGCCUGAUUCCAAUCCACGAACGAGUAGUUUCGAGGUUAGGGCUGCCUCGGUGCCCGAGAGCGCCGAGUCCAGCAGCACAUGGAAGACGUUGGAGCUCGGAGCGUUGUUUGGCCUCUGGUACCUCUUCAACAUCUACUUCAAUAUCUACAACAAGCAGGUUUUGAAGGUGUACCCAUACCCUGUAACUGUCACCAUGGUUCAGUUAGCCGUCGGUACUGUACUUGUUUCGCUCAUGUGGGGUCUUAAUCUCUAUAAAAGGCCCAAAAUUAGUGGUUCACAGCUUGCUGCUAUACUGCCACUGGCAGUGGUGCACACGUUAGGGAACCUUUUCACGAAUAUGAGUCUUGGAAAAGUUGCAGUGUCAUUCACUCACACGAUCAAAGCUAUGGAGCCCUUCUUCUCAGUUGUCCUCUCUGCUAUGUUUCUUGGAGAGAUGCCCACUGCAUGGGUGGUUGCUUCCCUUAUGCCAAUUGUUGGUGGAGUGGCACUGGCAUCAGUCACAGAGGCCUCUUUUAACUGGGCUGGAUUCUGGAGUGCAAUGGCUUCCAAUUUGUCAAACCAAUCUCGUAAUGUCCUUAGCAAAAAAGUCAUGGUUAAUAAAGAGGAAUCUUUGGACAACAUUACUCUCUUCUCAGUAAUAACUGUAAUGUCCUUUUUCUUGUUAUCUCCUGUGGCUAUCUUCAUGGAAGGUGUCAAGUUUACUCCUGCAUACCUCCAAUCAGCUGGAUUAAAUGUUAAACAAGUAUACACCAGGUCUCUUUUGGCUGCACUCUGCUUCCAUGCCUAUCAGCAGGUUUCCUACAUGAUAUUGCAGAGGGUAUCGCCUGUUACCCACUCUGUCGGAAAUUGUGUGAAGCGAGUGGUGGUUAUAGUUAGCUCUGUCCUCGUUUUCAAAACGGCCGUCUCUCCUAUCAACACUCUUGGCACUGGAAUUGCUCUUGCUGGAGUCUUCUUGUAUUCCCGCGUGAAGCGCAUUAAGCCAAAGAAAGCCUGAGUUCUCUGAGUCUGGACAACUUUUUGCUGGUAAAUUGUGUUGUUAGAUGGUAAGUCAUUGCAUUCAAGAAUUUGUUUUUAGGUCGGGCCUGGAACUGAAAGGUUGUAAGUCGGUUCUUUUAUGGUAAGUAGCUAAUUUUGGC